UCCCCGAGUUGUUGAUCGCCUCAACCAUCUGCUUCAAUCAUGACGUUGGUCAUACUCCAUUCUUGUUUGUUUCAAUCCACUUGGGCUGUUGGGCACUUAGGUGGGCUAGCAGAUUACCACUAGCAUGGAUUCUUCUGCUACUAAUAUGUUUCCCUUUCGACAUUAUAUAAUGAUGAUGACAGCGGGGCAGCCAAAAGAAGAAGAAAAUCCUACUUAUUAUCGUGCUUCCAUCUGCCAAGUGAGCUCACACUGUUGACUCGAAGAAGACCACCACGAAAUUCCCGAUCUCGCGCGUGCUCCUGGAUCUUGUAAAGCUCUACAAUAAGGCGGCGCGAGUAACCUCCGGUGGCCGUCACAUCUGGGCAAACGGCCAUCAAGAAUGGCCGGCGGCGACCUGCGCAGCCUGGCGGCGGUCUCGGCCGCGGUGACCGCGGCCAUGUGCUACGUCCGUUUCGCCGCCGGGCGCCUCCGCCCGGGCCUGCCCCGCCUCGCCGCGUUCCUCCCGGUGCUCGCCGCCCUCCUGUUCCUCCCCUUCGCCUUCCGCGCCAUCCACCCGCGCGCCAUCUCCGGGUUCUUCCUCGCCUGGCUCGCCGAGUUCAAGCUCCUCCGCCUCGCCGCCGGGCAGGGCCCCCUCCACCCGUCCCUCCCGUUGCCCGCCUUCGUCGCCGUCGCCUCCGGCCCCGUCAGGCUCCGCGGCGACGGGCCCGACAAGGCUCAAGGCACGUCGUCGGGCCUGGACCUCGCCUCCUCCGCCGUCAUGGCCGCGCUGCUCGCCGUCAUCGUGUCGCUGUACCGGUACCAGGAGGUGAUGAACCAGUACGUCCUGCUCACACUCUACGCGUUCCACGUGUACUUGGCCCUGGAGCUGGUCCUGGCGUCGGCGGCCGCGGCGGCGCGCGCGCUGCUGGGCAUGGAUCUGGAGCCGCAGUUCGACCGGCCGUACCUGUCGGCGUCGCUGCGGGACUUCUGGGGCCGGCGCUGGAACCUGUCGGUGCCCGCCGUGCUCCGGCCGUGCGUGUACCGCCCCGUGCGCGCGCGCCUGGGCCAGCCCGCGGGGGUGCUCGCGACGUUCCUGGUGUCCGGGCUGGUGCACGAGCUCAUGUUCUACUACAUCACGCUGCGGCCGCCCACCGGGGAGGCGACGGCAUUCUUCGCGCUGCACGGCGCGUGCGCGGUGGCGGAGGCGUGGUGGGCGAGGCACGAGGCGUGGUGGCGCCCGCCGCGGCUGGUGGCCACCCCGCUGACGCUGGCGUUCGUGCUCGUGACGGCCUUCUGGCUCUUCUUCCCGCCGAUCACGAGGCCCGGGGCAGACAAGCUGGUGAUCGCCGAGUGCGAGGCGGCCGUCGCGUUCGUGCGGGACGCCGGGGCCUGGGCGGCCGGCUCCGUCCGGUCGGUCUGGACUGGGCGCUCGUAGUACGGAGACGGCGGGUGCGUCACGCCUGAUGCGCCCGCGAAGAAUGGCUCGUUGCUCAGGCGGCAAUUUUUGUGUGUAUUGCGCCUGCGGCUGUCUAUUUGUUACGAAAAUGUACCGAAACAAAUCAAUAGCCUGGUUAUUAAUCGCCGCCCGAGGGCAGCGAUGGCCGGCGGUGGCGUCAAGCUGACGGCCGUUCGUCGCCGUCACUUUCAAAUA